CGCGUUCUAAAGAAAGAGUAGGACGUAUAAGAGUCAUGGAUCGCUCCUCAGUCCCAUCCCAAGGUCAUCUGCUUUCUUCGAGACAUUCUGCUCGAAACCUCUUCAACCUCGCUCCAUCAGCAUACCUUCCAUCUUGAGACAAGUACCAUGUCUCCCAAACCCGUUUCUCUCCGCCAGCUUGGACAAAAUGGUCCCUCGGUCCCAGCAAUGGGCUUCGGCCUCAUGGGGCUCUCGGGAGCCUACGGCACGCCUCCAAGCGACGAAGAGCGCUUCAAGGUCCUCGACCGCGCCUACGAACUCGGAGCUACGUUCUGGGAUACCGCCGACGCCUACCUUGACAACGAAGAGCUCAUCGGCAAAUGGUUCAAACGGACCGGGAAGAGAGACGAGAUCUUUCUUGCCUCCAAGUUCGGCAUCCAAAUGAACGGCGUGCAAUUCAAAGGCAUCGACAGCUCAGCAUCCUACUGCCGUCAAGCCUGCGAGAAGAGUCUCGAGAGGCUGGGCGUGGACUGCAUCGACUUGUAUUACGCCCAUCGCGUGAACCCCCAAACCCCCAUCGAAGAAACCAUGCGUGCAAUGGCCGAACUCCAAGCGGAAGGCAAGAUCAAGCGCAUCGGCCUCUGCGAAGUAUCCCCAACCACGCUCCAGCGCGCCGUGAAAAUCGCCCCCGUCGCAGCCGUACAAAUGGAGUACUCGCCCUUCGUUCGCGAGAUCGAAGGUCCCCCACAUGGCCCUCCCCUCCUGCAAGCAUGCCGCAAACUCGGCAUCGCCACCGUGUGCUCCUCGCCGCUCGGCCGCGGCCUGCUCACCGGCACCUUCAUGACGCGCGAAUCCGUCAGCGGCGCCGACGAUCUGCGCGGACAGCACUUUCCCUGGUUCAGCGAAGACAACAUCGAUGCGAAUGCGAAGCUCAUGGGGCAGUUCAAAGCGAUGGCGGAGGGGAAAGGGUGUACGGCGGCGCAGUUAGCGCUUGCGUGGACGCUUAAGCAGGGCGAGGAUGUCAUUCCGAUCCCUGGGACGAAGAAGAUCAAGUAUCUGGAGGAGAACUGGGCUGCUUUAGGUGUCCAGCUUAGUGACGGGGAUGAGAAGGAGAUCCGGAAGUUUGUCGAGAACGCCGAACUUGCUGGUUACCGCUCCAUGGACGUGGCGAAGGUGUUUGCCUUUGUCGAGACCAAAGAAGAAGCCUAGAUCAGUCUGGAUAGCUACAUAGACCCCGUGGGACAUGAAAAUGUGAUGAUUGCUUUUGAAAACAUUCCGUACGAACGCUUCCUAAU